UUACUUUUGGCGUAUUACGCGAUAUUAUCAAUGUAUGUGUGUAUUCAUAUAAGUCAGUGUAUUCUCUCUUCACUUCAUCAAAGUUCAAGUUAAUUCCAUAAUUAAAUCGUUCUUAGUUUCAAUUGUGGUCUGUUUAUAUCAGCAAAAAUUUAAGAAAUAAUGAAUACAUCAAAUUCUGCAACAACUGAAGUGCGGAUACUGUGGAUGGCUACUGAAUAUUGCUUGUCAAAAUUUAUGGGAACAUCGGUGCUUUGCGAGUUAUGAUGAGAGAGAAAGUCUAAUUAAUGUUGAUCAAAACUCAAUUGUUACUAUAUCGUAAGAACUGUCAAUGUAAAUAAUACUCAGAGCUUGCAGCAAUCGCAACCAUCAGCCCAGUCUAAUACAUCAGCUCAGUCUAAUGACAUUGAUGAACAUCUAAUAAUGGAUAUUAUGGAAAGAUCACCAUUAUUUGAUCAUAGAGUUGAUAUGCGAGAACGAUCAAAAUUGAAAAAAAAAUACAUUAUGAAGAAAUUAGAAAUAUCCUUGGUGGUAUUAUGUCAAUUGAAGAACUGUAAAAAAAGUGGAAAUAUCAUCGCGACUGCUAUGUAAGAGCUAAAAAAAAGAUGAAAACAUAUGUUCCUAGUGGAUCUGGCGCAUUAUCAUCAAAUUUAAAAAAUUUUUAUCGAUAUUUUGAAUUAAUGAAGCCUUUGGAUGAUACUCUUCAAGCAGAAUCAACAAUAAGUACGUUAUCAAUAGAAUCACAGCCUUCUACCUCUGACGAAAAUACUUCUGGAUAUUUAUCUACUGUUGAGAGUAUAAUAUCGCCUAAUUUUGAAAAUUCUGUAGGAAGUAAUGAUAUCGCCAUAUUUCAAUCGCCAACUCCACUUCUAAAUCGUCCAUCUCGAACUCCGACUCCUAAUUCAAAACAAACACUAAAAAGCGAAAAUUAUCAGAAAAUGAUCAAUCAUCCACAUAGAAUCACCUUUAUUGAACAUCUUAAAUAUGCCCGUUCCACAGAUGGAUGCAGUAGAUGGAUUUCUUAAAGUAUUAGGAGAAGUUUUACGGCGACUGCCAUAUGAGAAACGUACUACAUUACAAUUAAAAUUACUUAC